AUGGAAUUGGACAAGUGUUUGGAAAGGCUCUAUAAGGGCGAAUUACUUCCAGAGGUAACAAUCAGAGCACUUUGUUUUAAAUUAAGGGAGAUGUUGGUGAAGGAGUCCAACGUGAUCCACAUUAGUACACCAGUCACAGUAGUAGGAGAUAUGCAUGGCCAAUUUCACGAUAUGUUGGAAAUCUUUCAAAUUGGAGGGCCUCUUCCUGAUACAAACUACCUGUUUCUCGGUGACUACGUGGAUAGAGGUUUAUAUAGUGUCGAAACGAUCAUGUUGCUAAUAGUGUUAAAACUAAGAUAUCCUAGUAGAAUACAUCUACUAAGAGGGAAUCAUGAAUCGCGACAGAUCACUCAAAGCUAUGGAUUUUAUACUGAAUGUUUGAAUAAAUAUGGAGGUGGUUCCAAAGUGUGGAACUAUUUAACCGAUUUGUUUGAUUAUUUGGUUCUCUGUUGCAUAAUAGAUGAUGAAAUAUUUUGUGUCCAUGGUGGUCUCUCGCCAAACGUACAAACUAUUGAUCAGAUAAAAAUUAUAGAUAGAUUUCGAGAAAUUCCUCAUGAUGGUGCUAUGGCGGAUUUGGUUUGGUCAGAUCCUGAGGAGAAUAACCUUACACAGGCUCUCGAAAAUAGAGAUACGUUCUUUACUGAUUCCUCUCAACAUUUCCAAGUAUCACCUAGAGGAGCAGGCUACACAUUCGGUAGAAGUGUCGUGGAGAAAUUCUUAUAUUCCAACGAUAUGGCUAGGAUUUAUAGAGCUCACCAGCUUUGCAACGAAGGCUAUCAAAUAUAUUUUGAUGGAUUAGUCACGACCGUAUGGUCGGCACCGAAUUACUGCUACAGAUGUGGGAAUAAGGCAUCUAUCUUGGAACUCUAUUCAAAGGAUAAUUUUUACUUUAACGUCUUCACAGAGGCUCCUGAAAACAAGGAAUUGAAUAACAACGUGACAAGUAACUCUGUUACCAACAAGGUCAUCUCAGAAUAUUUUGAGGAUGAACAAGUUGAAGGUUCCUCGAUAGAAUCGGACGUGUUUUCUGAUGCAUAUCAAGCCAAAUAUGCAUCAACUAGGAAAGUCGAGUACUUUUUAUAG